AACUACCGUAUCCUAGCAACGUUUGAUGGCCACUGUAAAAACUCAAGCUGUUCAAUUGAACGCACUCAGUGCUGGUAUUAUACAUACAGUGGCUCCACAACUGCACUAAACAGCUGUUUAACCUACAAAAAUAAAUUUUUGAUUAAGAAAGAAUGCUACGCACCUUACACACAUUAAAAACAAAUUGCAGCCGCGCGUGUCGUCUACGUUUCCAAUCCACAGGCGGAAAAAGAAGUGCAGACGCCGGUGAAGAAGCGCGGAAACGCACAAAGUCAACGCUAUAUUAUUUAACUGCUGGCGGCAUUUUUGUCGCUGGUGCCAGCUAUGCGGCAGUGCCACUAUAUCGCAUGUUCUGUCAGGCGUACAGCUACGGUGGCACAACCUCGCAGGGGCACGAUGCAGAUAAGGUAGAGACAAUGCAAAAAAUUGAGGAUCGUAUAUUAAAAAUACGUUUUAACGCGGAUAUUGCGGCCUCGAUGCGUUGGAACUUUAAACCACAACAAUAUGAAAUCAAAGUAGUGCCCGGCGAAACAGCGUUGGCGUUCUACACAGCGCGUAAUCCCACAGAUCACCCAGUUAUUGGUAUUAGCACAUAUAAUGUAUUGCCAUUCGAAGCUGGUGCAUAUUUUAACAAAAUACAGUGUUUCUGUUUUGAAGAACAGCAAUUGAAUCCACAUGAGGAGGUGGAUAUGCCGGUAUUCUUUUACAUCGAUCCGGAAUUUACAAAAGAUCCGAAACUGGAAAAUGUUGAUACGAUAACAUUAUCGUAUACAUUCUUUGAAUCGAAAGAAGGUUUAAAAUUGCAAAUGCCCAACUAUGCACGUCCUCAUGUAGCGUAAUGAAUACUUUUUUAAUAUUGUUUUAGCAUAUUAAGCAUGAACGUCUAAUAAUACUAUUUAUUGACUGCCUACUGACUACUACUGUAAAUAAAAAUUAUAGUUAAUACAAUCCUUUUGAAGAAAAUAAACAAAACUAUAGCCAAAUACCCAAA